CAAUUUCACAUUCUUAACGAAAUGGCACUUAAAAGACUUAAUAAAGAAUUGUAUGAUAUAGGAUGUAACCCACCAUCAUCUAUUAAUACCGGUCCUAUUGACGAUGAUCUUUUUCAUUGGCAAGCUACAAUUAUGGGCCCUUCUGAUUCCCCAUACUCGGGAGGUAUAUUUUUCCUUGAUAUUAAAUUUCCGAGAGAUUAUCCGUUUAAACCACCAAAGGUUCGGUUUAUAACAAGAAUUUAUCAUCCGAAUAUCAACAAUAGUGGUUUUAUAAGCCUGGAUAUUCUAAUGAAUAAAUGGUAUCCGAGGAUUACUAUUUCAACAGGUUUUAAUCAAAUUUUUAUUAUUCAAGUACUCUUGUUAAUUUGUUCAUUGUUGACUUACCCAAUCCCAGCAAAUUCACUUGAUCCUGACAUUUCUAAUGUGUUUAAGAAUAAUCGUAAUCAUUAUGAAGCUACUGCUCGAGAAUGGACUCGUCAUUAUGCAAACAAGCGUAAAGACAAAAAAAAAGCUUAUGUAAAAAAUGAUCAAACGUCAUCAUCUAGUUUUGAUUAA